AUAUAAGACAAGAAAAUGGGCUUGUAAAGCAGAUGAGAAGAGUGACGACGGCGCUGGCACUACUUCUCUCUAAGUUCUGGAAUAUUAAUUGAUUUUGUUACAUUACCCUUUCUCAACGCAGAACAGAAGAAGAACAAUAUGUCUUCUCUAUUCCUUAGAGCAUUACCUUUGACGACCCUUCGACGGACCCCAUCAAUUUUCUUUCUCUCUAGACUUUCCAAAACCAUUCCAACUUUAAUUUCCAGAACCAGAACCAGAACCCUUUCUUCUGUUUCUGCUUCAAUACAACAGCAACAACCACUUCCUUCUGAAACAGAAACACUCAACGAAUCCCUUCAAUGGGUUUCAAGAACUCAUCAUUGCGGCGAAUUAUCUUCCAACGAUGUCGGCAAAACGGUUCGUCUUUGUGGCUGGGUUGCACUUCACAGACUCCACGGUGGACUCACUUUUCUCAAUCUUAGAGACCAUACAGGCAUUGUUCAGGUUACAACACUUCCAGAUGAAUUUCCUGUUGCCCAUUCUGCUAUCAAUAACCUUAGAUUGGAGUACGUGGUUGCCAUUCAAGGCAUUGUUAGGCCUCGUCCAAAUCAAUCAAUCAACAACAAGAUCAAAACCGGCUUCAUCGAGAUUGCUGCUAAUGAUGUUCAACUUUUAAAUUCUGUCAAUGCAAAGUUACCAUUCUUAGUUACUACAACUGAUCAUGCCAAAGAUUCUCUUAGAGAGGAAGUCCGUUUGAGGUAUCGAUAUCUUGAUCUAAGGAGGCAACAAAUGAAUUCUAACAUGUUGCUGCGGCAUAAUGUGGUUAAACUCAUGCGAAGAUAUCUAGAAGACAUACAUGGUUUUGUGGAGAUUGAAACUCCAAUACUGUCAAGAUCCACACCAGAAGGUGCCCGGGAUUAUUUAGUUCCAUCAAGAAUCCAGCAAGGAACAUUCUAUGCCUUGCCACAAAGCCCUCAGCUAUUUAAGCAAAUGCUAAUGGUAGCUGGUUUUGAUAAAUAUUAUCAAGUAGCAAGAUGUUUUCGGGAUGAAGAUCUAAGAGCUGAUAGACAACCUGAGUUCACACAACUAGAUAUGGAGAUGGCUUUUACUCCUUUAGAGGAUAUGUUGUCUCUUAAUGAAGAGUUGAUCAGAAAGGUUUUUCUUGAAAUUAAGGGCGUGGAAUUACCAAACCCUUUCCCCAGGCUUACAUAUGCUGAAGCAAUGAAUAGAUAUGGUUCGGACCGUCCAGAUACCAGAUUUGAUCUAGAAUUAAAAGAUGUAUCUGACAUUUUCUCAGGGUCUUCCUUCAAGGUUUUUUCUGAUUCCUUGGAGUGUGGUGGUGUUAUUAAAGUAAUUUGUGUACCUUCUGGUGCAAAAAAGUACUCAAAUUCAGUUCUUAAGAAAUCUGGUGCAAAUGGUGGUAUUUACAAUGAAGCACACAAAUCUGGUGCAAAGGGUUUACCUUUUCUCAAGAUCACGGAGAAUGGGGAUAUUGAGGGAAUUUCUGCUUUAGUAUCAAGUAUGGAUUCUGCAACUAGAGAGGAUUUAUUAAGGCGAUGCUCUGCAGGACCAAGUGAUCUGAUUUUAUUUGCAGUUGGUCAUCAUGCAUCUGUAAAUAAAACUCUAGAUCGUCUUAGAGUUUAUGUGGCUCAUGAAUUAGGUUUGAUCGACCAUGCCAGACAUUCAAUUUUGUGGAUUACCGACUUUCCAAUGUUUGAGUGGAAUGAUUCGGAGCAGAGGCUUGAGGCUCUUCAUCAUCCUUUCACUGCACCAAAUCCUGAAGACAUGAACAACCUUGCAUCGGCUCGUGCAUUGGCUUAUGACAUGGUUUACAAUGGGGUGGAGAUUGGUGGGGGGAGUUUGAGAAUUUAUAAACGCGACAUACAACAAAAGGUUUUGGAGACUGUAGGCAUCUCAAUGGAGCAGGCUGAAGCUAAGUUUGGAUAUCUUCUUGAAGCUCUUGACAUGGGGGCUCCGCCACAUGGAGGCAUAGCUUUUGGUCUGGACAGAUUGGUUAUGUUGCUAGCUGGGGCUAAUUCAAUCAGGGAUGUCAUUGCUUUCCCAAAAACAACAACUGCACAGUGUGCCCUCACGAGAUCACCUUCUGAGGUGGACCCCCAACAGCUGAAAGAUCUUUCAAUCACUACAUAGAUAGGCGUUUAACUCUUCAUAGUUCUGUUGCUUAUACCCAUUUUUGUACUCUGUUAAAGAAUAAUUUAUGGACAUUUAAAUAAAUCAACAUGUAUUUUUAGGAGCGGUACCAUGUAAACCUACAUUUCCAUGUUGUUUAUCACAUUUUUUUCGAGCCUAAGAAAAUCAAGUUGAUUUCAGUUAAGUCCAUUACAAUUUUCCGCUCUUAUUACUCACUGGAGGAGCGAGUGGAGAAUAAAAAAGGGGAAGUCUAAGAACACCAUGAAAAGUUAUCUAUAUAAAGGGAUAUGUUUAUUUGUGGCUU